CAAAUCUGUUUCAAGCAUGGGAUUGUGACCUUCUGCUCAGUAAGCUUAGUAAUGUAACAAAAAAGACAAAAGUGCCUCCUUGCAAGUGUUUUCAAACCUCCCACAGACAACAGGGAACAAAGCACAUCAUGACCAAGGGACAGGAACAACCCUGAGCUGGGGGUAGGCAGCAGGAAUGUUUGUCUCACAGUCUGGUCAGAACUGCUGUGCAGAACUGCUGCUGCUCCUCAUCCUGCACUGCCAGCAGAAGUCAAUAAUCCAUUGCUGGGGACACACUCCUGUGGGUGUGCUACUCUUCUGCAGGCUUUGUGUCACUCUUCCAAUUUGUCAGAAUAAAAACUCUUGGGGGAUCCUGGAAGCCUUCCACAGAAGCAUAGUUCCUUUGGAUUCACUGGUCCUUUGUUUGGCUAACUUUGCCUUUUUAAGAGUCUAAAAAUUACAUCAUCUUCAAUGAAGGAGUCACAUGCUCUUUCAGUGGGGGUACUGUGACUGCAACACAUCAGUGAAUCGGUGUUUUAGGGAUUUACUCCCCUCUGAUACCAGUUACCAGCGUGUUUGCAGCUUGUAUCACUCAAGUGGAUUGUUUUGUAGUUUGUAUCCACUUUGCAACAGGAAACUACAGCUAUUCAGGCAGCUCUUCAAGCAGCUCUUGAAUCCAAGAAUCUUGUGAUUCUGCUUCUCUCCUGAGUCAUUUUGCUGCCUUGAUGCAGUUUUGAAUUCCUGUGAGGGAUGCUGCUGGUUCUUGCUGAUUUUGUUUUGUCUUUAUUUUGACAUGUGAAGUCCACAGUAUCAUUGGUUCAGUCUAGUGACUGAGUCAAGUCUGCAGUGACAACUGUUGACUGACUUCCAACUUGGAAGUUUAAAGCUCCUUAUACUAAUCUAGGGUUGCACAAAAUAAGGACCACUGCUUUUAUCUGUAACAGUGUCUCUUUAUGAUGUCAUGAGAGUUUGUUUAUAUUAUGGAAAAUCCUGUCUUGGUGAGAAGGUUGAAGUAUUGUAUAAGCCUUGUCGUGAAGAGUUCAAGAUACAAUAUUCUGGCCUCAUUAAAAAGGUAGCUAUGUUAAGUAAAAUUAAUAAAUCAAAAGGCAGCCUGCUGGCAACUGGACUAGUGCUGCAAAAAGUUGUUUUACUUGCAGCUAUCUUAGUCAUGCCAUGGCUUUAGACAAGCAGUUACAGUGGAUCUUAAAGUCUGUGUGGAAUGAAGCAGUGGGGUUCUCAGGGUUGAGUGGACAGUUUACAUGUAUGGCUGGUAUAGCAACAGUUCAGGGAUAACCUUUGCUGAAAACUGGGAGCAAUUUCUUUGUAAGACAACAUGCAGGAAGAUGAUGAAUUCUGCUUAUUUGGUAUAUUUUCCUAGGUUUUAAUCAAGACAACAAUACUCAGGGAUUUCAUCUUGGUUUCAGCACCCAGGAGCUUGUUUUAAAGACUGUAUGUGAUAAUUACAGCUUCAGUCCUAGGUUCUGUGCUCAGUGACUUGUAAACUUUUCCAGUGUUAAGUAAAUUUAAGCUAUAACGUGUAUUUCAAAGGGGUAUGGUCUUUAGAUUUGUCAUUCCUGGUAAGUUACUUAAAUCAAAAGUUUGAUCACUUUUCUUCCAAUAGAACAGAAUCCCACAAAUAGUUAAUGCCUAACUUAGAGUGAUUCGUUAUACAAAAUGUUGGCAUUUUUAAUAAGAUUAAUAUAUUUCAAUGAAAAAAAGCAGAAAAUCUUUUUGAAUUCAAAUGUGCAGUUCCUUUAAUCUAAAAUAGUAUUAUGAAUCUUUGGCUUUCUCUAGAUGAUUCUGAAUUUCUCUAGAUGCAAUCUAAAAAUAAAAAGGUGAAUUUCCUAACAAAGCCUUAGAAAAUAAAUUACUGUUCCUUUUUUCUCUGUGCAUUAUCAUGGUUUACAUCAGCUGUAAUGCAGUUACAAGUGACUUGAAAUAGUUAAUAUAAGAGUAUUGAGAGCCCUUAAAAUUAUACUAAAUUUUCAGGACCUAGAGAAAAGUUCCAUAUAGGAAAGAGUGUUGAAAGCCUGUGGCUGUACCAACUGAGGUCAUCCUAACAGAGGAGGAAAGGAUUUUAUUUGUUCCCAUAAAAAAAUGGGAAACAAAGUUUUGUAACUUUUUUCAUAUAUAAUGUUGAAAAAGUCUUUCUUCCCAUUUAAAGUGAGGAAUAUUUCAGUGUCAUUUUUUGGUGGUUUUCAAAACCAGUUACCUAAGUUAAUUUAGGGAUGUAGAUUCUUACCGAUUUUUCUGGACAAGAAAUUACUACAUAAAUUUGUUAUUACAAUGUAUUCCACUAUGUUGAUGUGUUUUGUUUUUGUUUUUUUUUCUUUCUCUGGAAGAACAUUCCUAUAGAAAGGAAAUAGGAGCCAGAGUCUGAAAUCUAAAAUAAGGACUAAACAGCUUUUCAUUUGCUUUUCUACCCUUUGAGAUGCCAGAAGCAAUUUCCUCUUGAAGCUGACUUCCUCUCUGGAAGUGAUUUUCGUCUCCAACCAUGUUGAGGCUCUUUUCUCAUUCUUUCAUUCUGACUAACUUGCUUUUUUCCCCUCUGACUUUCGACUGCAGUUGGGAACUUCUGGAGGUAAGUAAUGACAGACAAGUUUCUCUCUAACUUUCUUUUUCAGUUCUUCUUCCCCCCCUCCUGCCCCCCCUCACCCAGUCAGUCUAGAAGGACAAACAAAGCACUAUUGGUGUCCUCUGCAAGAGAGCACUGAUAGGGGCUGGCUGUAAAUUGACGUGGCAUGGAAAAUCUCUGCUAGUUUGGAGCGGCUCUAAUGUUGCUGCGAAAUCAAGCCUACUCUUAACCAAGUUUGUAGCUUGAAAUCAUCACGGGCUUACGGGUUCUAUAUUAAAAAUGAAUGGAAAGUACCUUCACUUUUCUCUUUGGGAACUGGAUUUUUUCUCUGUUUGGAUUUACAGCUAACAGAAAACAACAAAAUCAAAGGGAAUUAUUUGGUUACUUUUUUUUUUUCCCCUGUAGUAAGAGCGACAGAUCUUGCUGCUCCCCCCACCUUUUCCUGCAACUUAAUCAUUUGCAGAUCUUGCCAUGGGGUGCGGACUGAGAAAGCUGGAAGACCCAGAUGAUAGCAGCCCUGGAAAAAUCUUUUCUACACUGAAGAGACCACAAGUUGAAACAAAGACGGAUUCUGCUUAUGAAUAUGUAUUGCUGGAUUUUACUUUAGAAGCUUCAUCAAAUCCAGAAGUUAUCAAGAUCAGUUCUGUGCUGGAUAUACCAUCUCAGGUGGAAGAAUAUUACAGCAAAGGAUAUGUUGUAGGAGCUGUUCAUCCUAUUAUGCUGCCAAUUGGACGUAGAAGGAGUUUCCCUGCAAGUCACAUGUAUCGAGUGGUACUUUCACGAUUAAAAUUGAGCCAGAAGCAUGCAGCACCCAGAGGACAAAGGCACCCCAGGCUGCUGAUUGAGGAAUGUCCUUUAAUGUAUGAAACACUGACAAAUGAGGUAGUGAAAGAACUGUUAGAAAAGGUUAAUGAAGCUGCUAAAAGAGGAAAGAAGUUUGUGGGAUUUGUAACGCAACAUUUUCCUCAGCCUAAAGCCUGUAAUGGAACAAGCCCAGAUGGAAGUGCAGAGCUGGAAGCAACACUGGGCAGAAGAAACAGGGAACACAGGAGAGAAAAUUUUGAUGAAAACUAUAAAAACUGGAAUGAGGGGACAUUGAGUGGUCACUCAUCUGAGAGUGGGAUAGAGGAGGAAAUGCAAGGAGAAAGCAGACUGUUAGAGGAUUCAGACUUCCAGUUUGGAAAAGAAGUCAGCCCUUCUAAACCACGGAAAGGAGAUGACAAGCUGUAUACAGUCUUCAAUGUUUUUGAAGACGAUUCCACCUGCUGGACCUAUCAUGAAGGUGUUUUGUCUAUGAAAGUAACAAGGAAGGGGCCGGUUGUUAGUACUCUGGAAGCAGACUGGCUAGAAUUAACUACAUUUUAUUAUAAGCAAGGAUUGUCCUUAGUCGAUUCUUUUGUACACUGGGAAUCUUCUAAAGGGGACUAUUUGCCCAAAUCUUUAGAGGGAUUAUUUAUCUAUGAAGAAGAAGGUGCUGGGGUUCCAGGUUCUAGCAGGAAAGGAAAUGAUGCAAUAGUUGUUGAACAAUGGACAGUCAUUGAGGGGUGUGAAAUUAAAACAGAUUAUGGACCUUUAUUGCACACGCUGGCUGAGUUUGGAUGGCUCCUGACCUGUGUCCUGCCCACCCCCAUCGUACGACAUGACAGUGAAGGAAACCUCGCUACAAAGCAAGUAAUUUUUCUUCAGAGACCUGUUAUGUGGAGUUCUGCAGUCCAGACACCAGAGAGGAAAUCCUUAAGACAAGUUACUGGGGAGGAAAAAAGCAAAGUGUCUAGCAGAAGUGUUGGAUUAGACACAGCUACUUCUUGCCCUCCAGAAAUUGGACAACCACCUGGCGAGUUUCACCUGUCUCCUUCUAAACAGUGUUGGAUCAAGGAGGGAUCCUCCCAGUAUGGAGGUUUUCCAGGAUUCAGUAGCAGUGAUGGAGUAUUAAGGGAACUGGAUGAUGGACAAUAUGACCAGGAAGAUGGAGUCACUCAGGUCACAUGUAUGUGAUAAACCCUGGAGCUGGAGACAUUGCUUCAGCUUCUUUUUCCCAUUGCAUGCACUGUGGGGAGCAAUGGGAGCACAGGGAGUACCUAUAAUAGGAGGCACGGUAAGAAAUCCCUUCUUGCCAAGGCUUCUCUCUCAGCUUUCCCAGCAUUUUGAGGUCAGAGAUGUGGGGCACAAACCUUGCAUUUCGUUCCCUGUCUGGGGCUCUGUGUGGAGGAAGAUCCCCCUGCUAACAGGGAGGGGGCUGGGCUGGAUGUUCCCUGCAGAGCCUGACCCAAAUGCUGCUCCCUCUUGCAGCUGCUGCUCUGGGAACAGCAGUCGUGGUCACAGUUAGCAGGGAUCUCCUCCCUGGUACACAGGGGGAAGAAAUGACGGCCAUACGUGUUACAUCUGUCUCUGGCAGAAAGCCAGGGAACUCUGGCAUUUUAAAAAUGGAGUAACAGCUGGGCUUUAGCAACUUGGAAUAUGUUGCUCUCCUUUUAAAAGUAUUUUUCAUAAGUUAUCCAAAACUCUGGUGUGCUUGUAAUUUUAACUGCUGGUCAUUCUCCAUACAAGUCAAAUCUGUAAAAUAAGCAAGAAUUGGUCAAAAACUUCAGCAAUUCUGAAUAUUUCAAGUUGGAGCUUUUAAAAUACAUAAAGAAAUUACUUUUUAUUAAGCACUAUUCUUGCUCGUGGUGGUUAACAGUAGUGAAUCCUUAAACAACACUGAACUACAACUACUUGAGUUACAAAGUAUAAAGUAGUAAAUUUAAUGCAGUUACUCUUUCUAGAAUACAUUACUUGGAUAAAAAGAAUCAUUUAACUGAGAUCUUAUCAGCUGUUGAGAGUGCAGAAAAUUCAAAUAAAAUAGUAUCAUUUUAAGAGAUUUUCCCCUUACAAGUUAUGGGAGGUUCACAAGAGAGAUUCUGUUUUGGUACAAGGGUAUCACAUGGAUAUCCACAGGUACACUCUAAAUUGUUACUUUUAGCAAGGCUUGUCUUGAAAUAAAAUCGUAUUCCUUUCCAGUAGUCCCCAGUUUUAACUGUACUUUAGUUCUUGCUUGUGAAUCUCACAGGUGUUGGCAGUGCUGCAAACCUAUGAAUUUCUUUACUGUCUUUUUAAUUCAGUAUAAAUAUGUGAAAUUGUUUCCUCUGAACACACUCAGCAAUUCCUGUUAAAGAACAGCUGGGUUUUUUAAAUGUCAUUUUUCUCACAGUAUGAAAGUUGCCCCUGCUGUAGAAAUAUUAAUCUUGUUUUCCCAUGUCUGUAUCGUCUUUCACCUCACAGGGCUACAUUUAGGCUCUGUAUGGAAGAAAAUAAAAUACAAUUCUUCAUAUGGGGGGAAAAAAACCCAACCUGACAGGAGCCAAGAUAGAAAUGUGUAAAGUGAGUGGCACAGAGGGUAGCAAAGGAAUGAAUUCCUCAGCAUUCUUUUUUUAGUACAAGAAAUCAGGGCAAUCAUGGUAGUGGAAGUAGCCAGUUUGAAAUAAAUUGUGGUAUCUGUUCAGCUGACUGUAGAAUUCCUUGUGCAGGAUGUUGUGUGUAAAGUUAUGUGGAUUUAAAGGUGACCAAAAAACUCCUGAAAGGAAAAACAUUGUCUCUGAAAGUCACUGAACCAGAAGCAGGCUGUGAAAAACUGGUCUGACUGCACACCUCUCCUGUUCUUUAGAUUAUUGUGAGCACCAGGGGUUUCAUCACUGGUGGCAUGUAGCUGAGUGCUCUCCUGCUGCAAGGCUUGCUUUUCAAAGUCAGGGCAAGAGUUAUAUCUGACUUCACACACUAGUCAAAGAACACAGUAAACCACCCAUCUUCCUAAGGUGUGGAUGCUGAAACAGACUAAAUUGAAAAUGCUUCUGAAACAAAUUAUGGAAAAUCUUCUAAUUUGUUCUUUAUAGUUAAAAAUGCUGAAAGACAACUAUAUCCCACUUAGAUAAGUGAGAAGGGGAGAAUGCAUUUUGGGUGUACAGGAUUGUAAUUUCAAAGACUCAUUUCAUCACCUGCUCUUACCAACCAGAGCAUUUAGCUGUGCCUCUACUAGUGUGGGUGACCACCACUGUCCAUUAAGUAAACGAAGUUUGUAAAUCACAAGAGGUGUGAGAGUGACUAACAAAACUUUUUGUAUGCUAUUAUGUGUGCAUAUGUACACACACUGCUCAGCUUCCAUGUUACCAUUAACUUACUUUUUAUUGUAAGAAUUGCAAAUCAAAGUAUGGAUGCGUUCUCUGACAGAAAAAGGAAGUACAUUUUUACUCAAUGCCAGGGCUUCAGUCAGGGGCAGCCCGUGUGUCUGAAUGUAGUAGGAAAGUCCCUUACCUGUACCUGACAAGAGAAAUGCCCUGCAACCAUCAGAACAGAGAUAGAAGGCAGCCAGUACUGUUCAUUAACUUCUGCAAAGGAAUGUUUAUACUUUCUGAUGCUUAAAUUGUUUGGAGAGGAAGUAGUUUUCUAGUGUUUACAAACAGGAAGAAGCUGUCCAAUGUUAAAUGUUUUGUACCCUGCUCAUAAUUGUCAGAACAGUUUAUUUACAUACCUGCUCAAUUGCAAUAAACUGUUGCUUAACUUCUGUGUUUCCUAUCUGUAAAGUGCUAUUUUUGUAAAGGGUAAGAUCUUCUCUGUAGUUCAUAUAGGAAGGUUCUCACCAUUAAAAGCACUUACCAAAUCAGUUGGUUUAUUAUGUUUGUCUCACACUGAUAUUAAAUGAGUUAAAUCAAUGUAUGCCUUGCCUCAAGCUAGAAUUGCUUUCCUGCAGUCUUGUCUGUACAUCCAGACAGCUCACAGGGCAAAGCCUGAUAGACUUACAGCCAUCUAUUAAAAGCUGAUUAGGCUUUCCUUGUCGUUAGUCUGUUAUUCUUUUGAAGGCAAAAAAUGCAAGCUGCUGUCUUGACAAUUCCCUAUGGAUUAAUUUAGAGAAUCAUGUAAGUUAAGAUUUACAUUUUUCAACGCCAAAUUCCUGUAUCAGAAUUUAGACAAGUGUUAUGAUUUAAAGAAGUGAACAUCCCUGGCUUGAGGUAAGCACAACUUGAAAUGAAGGGACAAAGUGGUUUAGAGGAACUGGUCUGAUGACCUGUUCUGAUCUGUUUAAGCAGAUGAACUUUGACAUGUGAGAGAAUUAAAAUCUUAAAAGGAAAGGCUGAUGUGUUGCAAGAUACACUAAGCCAAAAAUCAGGAAAAACCUCAGUGAUGAAGGAAAAAAUAAUUUGGAAGUUAGUUUUUGCUUACAGUUGCUUUUGCAUUUGUGACUUUCUGUCAUAAUAUGCUUACUUUGUAUCUGGAAGGCCCUCUUCUAGAUCUGACACUUUGACUGUACGACCACCAUUUUCUGUUUUGAGAGGUGUAUAAAUUUGAGGUCUGACUUCUGA